AGGCACCAUCUUACUGAUAGGUUGUUCCUUUUAAAAUCAACCAUGCUGUCUCAUCUUAUGUUGAAUUUGGUUACAUUUUAUUCCAUUUAAUCAUCAUCAAUCAUAAAAUCAAUAAACAUCCAAAAUCAAUUACUAUUCACUCCGUUCGGCCUUCGUUACAAACAUGGCUUUAUAGGCUAAGUUCCUUUUGCCUAUUCAAUGAACAAAUUACGCUUAAAAAAAGUGAACAAUAAUGAACAAUUUCGAUUUGAGGUUAAGCGCAGCCGAAAUUUAAUGCUUUAUGUUUAAAUAUUGAUAGUAAACAUGUCAACUACAGCUAAAGGAACUUUUCAGCCAGACUCUGAUGUACACAUUUCAUAUGAAGAUCAACAAAAAAUUAACAAGUUUGCUCGUCUCAAUGCUAAAGUUGACGAUUAUAAGGAUGAGCUCAAAGUAAAACAAAACGAUGUAAAGAACCUAGAAGAAGCAGUUGAGGAACUGAGCCUUGCUGAUGAUUCUGAAAAAAUCCCUUACCUUAUUGGUGAAAUUUUUAUUUGUCAGAAUUUGGAAAUUACUUUGAAAAAUCUUGAGGAAGCUAAAGCAAAAAAAAUACAUGAAAUUCAUGAUUUAGAAGAAAAAUGUGAGGAACUAAAAUCACAAAUGAGUGACUUGAAAGCACACUUGUAUGGAAAAUUUGGUAGCCACAUUAACUUGGAAAAUGAGGAAGAUUGAAACAACAUUAAUUUUGUUCACAAAAAUUGUACUCAUAUUUUAAGCUUUUAAGUUACAUAGGCUUCACAUCAAAUAAUUAUUGUUAUUCUAAACUUUGUUGUUUUUACACAAUAAGAAUUUAUGUUUCUUAAUUCGAAAAUUGGCUGACCUACUUCAAUGCAGUUUAAAAUUACAGUAAAGACUUAUUAAGUUCAAAGAAAUGGUCCUUAAAUAUAGAACAAAAUAUAUUAUUGUUGUUAUCUAGAUUUGUGGAAUAUGUAUACUGAUUUUUCACUUAAGUUAUUUUCCAUUACUAUAAUAUACACAUCAAUUAUUUAUUAUCACGAUAACUAAAUAUGUUUUAAUAAAUAAAUAAAAAUAUAACAGACAUCAUUCUAUGAUGCAUUUUCAUAAAAGGGAAACAAAGUACAUAAUAAAAAAUGUUAUUACUUGAAUAGUGGUACAUAGCUAACCUUGUGCUUAUGUAGUUAUGUUGAAGGUGUGAAAAUGUUUUGGGAGUUACUCCAAAAUUGAUAUCUAUCUUUUUUAACUUUCAAUAAAUAAUUAAACAUGAAAGUUGCAUUCGUGACUUGUCAACUUAUUCAGGUCUUGUAUUUUUAUUGAAAUAUAUUAUACUAAUUAAAA